AAAGGAUUUCUCACUUAGAUAUACCCAAAAAAUGAAGGACACAUUUGAAGAAGGCGUUGACGAAGAGCGGCAUCUACUUAACGAAAAAUGUGCUAAAUUUAGUUUCCCAGUAAAUAUCCUGAUCUCAACGACGGGCAAGGAAUGUCUAACCAAGAAUCGCUCAGCAAAUUUAGCCCUGAUCCCAGCCAAAAACAAAUUGAAGAUGAGUUAUCGAAAGGACCCAUACUAUGGAAUGGAUAAUAAUGCGGGUAACGACGGUCCGCUAAACCCCUUUUUUUUUUACAAAUGUUUCCUAGACCAAAUAUCCAAAUCUUCUUUGAUAUCCGACACCGUUUUCGCGAUCGAGAUUAAUAAGGAGGAUGGAGUUGAUGACGACGAUGAAAUGAUUCGACAAGAUCGAUAUUUCGGUAGUUACGAUCCGAGUCGCUAUCCGCUCACUACAGGAUCUCAUUGCGGUAAUGCGGGCUGCGUUUUACCGACUCCGGCAAUUAAAGACGUUUUCGUACUGCGCAAUGAUGACGCCUCUAAGAUAAUAAAUCUGCUGAGGAAAUCGAAAGAUAUAUCAAAUUUCCAUUACUUCCGCAAGAUAAUUGACGACAAUAGCAGUGAAUGCCGAAGAAUUCCAAGCAGUCGCACAUUCACCCAUCUGUGUAAUGAAUAUUACCAUAAAAAUGGCGCCAACAUGUUAGAAAAAUCUCCCCUAACUCUCGACGAUAAUAGGUUUAACUCCAUUUCCACUACUAGUACCCAUAUCAAUUUGGAACCCUUCAAACUUAACGACAUUUUUGACCACAAGGAAGAUACUCGGGAGAUGGUCAAACAUAAGGAUAACGGGACGGCUAAUCUAUUAAUCGAUAUCGAGUCCGGCUACCAUUCAAACGGUGGCGGCAUAAAUCCGUACCUGGAAUGCGAUAAUCUUUCAUCCUCAUCCGAUAACAAAGCUAAAAAUGGUGGAUGCGCAGACGCUUCGAACUGUAUAGGAGACAAUCUUACUUUAGAUCGCCGUCACAAAAGCUCGGAGGCGAUUGUCCAAGCCGGGUAUUUCGAUAAUUCUACUAUAGCGAAUAGUCGCCGCCUCGACGAAUAUCCCAGGAUCAACGAUGAUUCUAAUCACGUGACGAAUGGCAUUGCGGAUUCAAUCGAAAAUACGAACCACCAAACUCCGAACAUAGAUCGCACAGAGAUACGCGAUUUGUUGAAUACCAAAUUUUACAAACUUCAGGAGGAAGGAAAACAGUUAAACGACGGCUUUUGCCUUAACUGCAUCGACAAACGGGUUAGAGGUUUAAACAAUAACGAAAAUAUAUUGCUCCGUCGAGAAGCUAUCUGGAAGGAGAAAACUGAUUAUUGGUUAAAAUUCUCUCACCAUAACAUCGAACCAUAUUCCUCGAAUUCGGUUAAUUUGGAGUCGAGUAAUUCACAUUUGACGGUUGGUAACCAUUUAAGUAAGCGCGAAUACGAACAUGAUAGUUAUAAAUCCGCGGAAAUAAAUUCUAUCGCCAACCACCAAAUCAUUCAUUUUGAUCACUCUUGUCAACAAACAGCGAAUAAAGAAUCUGUAAAUAAUACACCCGAUUUAGCCGCGCAAUUUGAUGAUAAACCAUCGCGAAAUUCUAGGAUCCUAUCCGAAAAAGGUAUUGGAAAAUCUGGAAAAGUUCGCGAUCAAAGUAUCCCUGUUAAGUUGGAAGUGGAUCCAAAGAAUGUUGUUCAAAAUAAGACGGCCUGCGCGCGCAUCAGUAAUGAUGAAAUUAGGAUCAAUGCGUUAUCAGAUUCUAAUGGAAGCUCCCUCAAUUCGAAUGACUCUGAUAUAUACGUUAAAAUGGGCUCAAUUACGUGCAAAAGCUUAACAAACAACAUCUCGUACAGGUCACUCGAUACCACAACUGACGAUAUAUUGAUGAGUUUAGCGGAAACCACGAAAGAACUAGAAGAAAAUAUACAGUCCCUAGAAAAUAUGAGCAAAAACAUCGGUCAUUGUAAAAUCAAGAUAGACCCCAUAAAUAAUAAGGUCGAAAAUAUCAAAUGUGCCAAGAUUCCAUAUUCUCAUUCCAAGACUGGAGAAAAUAAGCUUAAAAUAUGCGAUUACAAUGACGUCAAUUGCGAUUGCUCUAAGAUGUGGCAAAAUUUACCUCUGAGACCCUUUCUUCCUUUAAAUUUUCCGCACAAAAAUAUCCCACCACGCGGGCCAUUUGAUCCCCAAUGCGAUGAGGACGAAUAUUUAAGGAAGUUAGAAAAGAAGCACAAAUUACUCACUCAAAAGUGCGAAGGGGAAUUAAAUCGUCCAGUUAUCUCUAAAACUAAUAAAAAAUCGCCCAAAGUUAAAAGCGACAAGAGUCGAAAACGCCUAGGUUCCAAGGAGGAAAAGUUCACUUAUCGAUCUUUCGAAGCAUGCGACUAUGGCGAUGACGAUGUCUUUGACACAAAGGAAAAUACCGAUUGCGAUAAAAAUAAAAUUCCCGACUUCGAAACAUUUGCCUCCCGCUACAAGGACUCCCCCUUGAGCGCGAAUGGGUCAUCGACAAAGAAAAAGAAACGCUCCUCCAUAUCUUUACCAACGACCAAAUCGGAUUUCUAUAACAACAAUCCUAGUAACGACUUUGUAGGCCCUGGGCUGAUGGGACAAAAUGUCACCCCCAACGUUGUAUCCCCUAUCAAACGUUUGCUUAAAAGAAACUUCGUGUCGUUUAUGGGUUCUUGGUUUAACAAUAACAGCAACAAUCACGGAGAUAAGGAGGGUCCGCCAUCGAACCCUGAAAGAGCUAAAGUAGACCAUACCACCGAUAUUCGUAAUAAUUCGCCAUAUAAUAACCAUGAAAAGCAUAUCAAGCCUCCAUCUGAUGGCUACCUAGGCAAAAACGACCAGGGUGAUGAUGUAACUAAAAUACCAACGUCUUGUAGCGAUGAUUCCGUUAGCAGAAAGGGUUCGUUUUAUAACUCGAUGCCCCGUAAAAAGAAUUACAUACUUAUCAAGCCAAAAUAUCGCCUAGAAUCAUUGAACGAAACUCCCUGUAAAACGGCGUCACGUGAUAUCGCGAGAAACACCGUUACUCGCCAGUUCAAAGACGAUGUCGACUUUGUUCGGGAAACGCGUAAGGUUUUCGAUAAUCAAAGCGCCAACAUAGACAAUCUUUUCUUAUCGCAUUAUAUUAAAGAUGAAUCCUCACUGUUCGGCACUAUGACGAAGAGGAAACCAUAUUACUGUGUAGACGAUUAUUAUCAUAAAUUCUGAACAUUUUUUUUUUCAAAUAUAACUUUUGCAUCGUAUAUUUUAGAAAUUUUAAAAAACAAAAAUAAUAUAAUGUAAUUAGCUCAGAUGUAUAUAUAUUAAACUUAAUUAAUAAUUUUGUUAAAUUUAUUUCGC